CUAAGGACCCAAUCCCUAGAAUGGUACUACAAUAACGUGAAAAGCCGCUUCAAACGUUUUGGCAGUGCCAAGGUCCUGAAGAACUUGUACAAAAAGCACAGACUGGAGAGUGGAGCUUGCUUCGACAUAAUAGAAGGAAGCUUUUUGGAGCCAAGCCUGGAGAAUGAAGGAAGCAUUAGUGGCAGUGAUUCGACAUUCUACAGGCAAUCUGAAGGACAUAGCAUGAUGGACACCCUGGCUGUGGCCUUGCGUGUUGCUGAAGAGGCUGUGGAAGAGGCAAUUUCCAAGGCAGAAGCAUCUGGUGACAGUCUGGACAAGCAGAAUGAAGCUAGUUAUCUACGUGAACACAAAGAGGAGUUGAUAGAAGAGCUUGCCACCACCAUAGUGCAGAAGAUCAUAAGGAAGCAAAAAGGCAAAGGGGAACAGACCGAGAAGGACUCUGAUUGGCCGCAGCCCAGCAGCAGCACUCAGAAGGUGACCAAUCAGAGGAUGGCAGCAUUUCCAGGGGACCAGCAGGCAUCCUGCACACUCUUGCAGAGGUCCCAGUCCGCAUUCUCCCUAAGUGGUGAAGAGGCUCCAAGCAAAGAGUCGAAGGUCUCAACACCCCUGGAGACCCUGUGGGCAGAGCAGAGGGUCCAGGCCCAAAAACCAAAGGAACAAGAACAUGCUGCCUUACCCAGCUGGAAGAGCAUGGACAGACUGGAUGAGACAAAUCCAGACCCUGUUUUGCAAAGUGCUGAUGGGAACUGGGUGGCCCUGAAGAAUAAGCCUUUUCCUCACCCCCGCCUUCUGGCCAAACCAAAGAGCCAGGCAUUCCAGGCUCUGGAGAAGGAGUCCAGUGUGGUAUCUGCCUAUGAUGAGAUGGGCUCAGAUAGUGAGGAUGACUUUGACUGGAAUAUGACCCUGAACAAGCUUCAUCAGAGACCCCAGGGCCCAGAAAAUUCCUAUUCCACCGACUCCCAGCAUCAUACCGAGUGGGCUUAUGGUCAUGACCAGUGUCCCCGAGGAACCUCCCCCUCCUCUGGGCCUUACACUAACCCUGAGACCAUGUGCUCUGACUCAGAGACUUCUUCAGUGAGCUCUUCCCGGGAAGUUCAAGGACCAGCCAAGCGACCUUGGCUACAGAGAAAGCCCCCUAGCAACCAUUCACUAGAAAAAGCACACUCACAAGGAGGGCUGGAUGUGAAUUUCAACCCCCAGGCUGCUGACACCCAGGACUCGGACAGCAGUGAUGCUGAGGACACUCACCAUACAGCUGACAAGCGGUCCAGGAGAUGGAGGAGGAGUAAGCCAGCCUCAGAUGAGCUGGAUGAAGAAAAGCCCCCUACCCAAAGCCAAGAGAAAGAUUCAGACUCUAAUCAGGUGUUUGAUGAUUUGUCAGAGACUGAUAUCAGCAGUGAAGAUCACCACCAUAAAGGCAGCACAAACACCACAGAGGAGAAACUGAAAUCCAGGUUGUUUGAAUUAGCUGCUAAAAUGAGCGAGAAGGAAACAUCUUCGGGUGAGGAACAGGAGUCAGAACCCAGGACAGAAUCUGACCAUCAGAAAGAAAGUCUGUCCUCAGAAGACAAUGGCCAGUGCAUUCAGGAGGAACUGAAGAAGAAGUACUCAGCUGUGUCCCUCUGCAAUAUCUCUACGGAAGUCCUGAAAGUCAUCAACGCCACAGAAGAGUUGAUAGCAGAAUCGAAUGGUCCCUGGGAUUUCCCAGCAGAUCCUCCUGAGAGAGAGAAAGGGUCAUUUCCUCUGGGGACAGACCAUGUGAGACUUGACGAGCAGCUCACUUCACUGGAAGAAAACGUGUACCUGACCGCAGGCACCGUCUACGGGUUAGAGGGCCAGCUGAAUGAACUGGAGGAUGCUGCCCGGAGAAUCAGCAGCACCACAGGGGAGUCAGAGCUUGCUGAGCUGGAGGACCAAGUGGCCACAGCAGCAGCCCAGGUGCACCACGCAGAGCUGCAGAUUUCAGAUAUUGAGAGUAGGAUUGCAGCCCUGACAUUGGCGGGGCUGAAUGUGGCUCCGUGUGUCCGUCUGACAAGGAAACGGGAUCAGAAGCAAAUGAACCAGGUACAGACCAUUGACACAUCAAGACAGCAGAGGAGAAAACUCCCAGCCCCACCAGUGAAAAAUGAGAAAACAGAGGCUGCUUCACUUACUUCUGUCAAAACAUUUAACCGGAAUUUCAUACUCCAGGGGUCUAUGACACAAAGGACUAAAGAAAGAAAAAGUACUGCCAAGGACUUGAUGGAACCAACUCUAGGAUCCGCCAUAAUGUUUUAGUGGUACACAACUCUACUGCCAAUCACACACUGCCUCCAGCUGUAUACACCAGUGCCUUUCUUGAACAGCCAUUGUAUACAGUAUGUCCCAUAGAAAAUAGGCCCCAGAGGAGCAUCGCUUCCUCUGGGAGCAGGGCUUUCUUUUCGUCUUGGAUACCUCACUGAGAAAGUUGUCCAAGGCUUCAGCAUUCUGGUCUGCUAGUGGGAACAUUGCCUUAUGUUCCUUCGAGACUCCAGGAAAGAUACUAAGACACUGAGUUUCCAAAGCAAAGCUCUUUGUUUUACAAAUGGCACUUUUUUUCUCCUGUCAAUCAAUUGUGCUAAAGAAUGUCGUCUUUUAAGAUAAUAUAUGUGGCUUUUUUUUGGUAGCCCUGAUUCCACCAGAUGUCUAUCAAAAUUCUAUCUGGUAAAAGAGAAAACAGCCAUCCUACUGGCCCCUUAGUGCUCACAAAGACCUCCCUGACUUAUGCAUGCUAAGGAAAAUGGACCUGGUAGUGAAUGCUAGUUUCACUGAUGUUGGGAGUAGUAGGGGUGCAAUUUUCAUUCUUAAAAACAAAAAGAAAAAAAAGCUACCAGUGAGCAGAGGCAUCUGUCAGUCUCCUUUCCGUCUGCCAGGCUUCUGGCUCAUGGCUCUUACAAUUAUUUUUGUUAGUUUACAGUCACAAAUCAUGAUGUCAUAUUCCACCAGGAUGGUCCCUAGUGAAAUGAAUAUGGCACACCUAAACAAAGACAUGCAUUUGCUCUUUAUCUCCAUCCCAGGGACUAUCAUGAAUUCUAGGCAAGUCACUGGUACCUUGACACUUUCAGCAACAAUUGGGGAUUCAUUCAUUAAAUUAGGUGCCCAUGGACCUCCUUAGGACUUAGACUUUCCCAACACCAAAGGAGAGAAAAAUGUUGGGAAAAAACAGCCCAUAAUUCACCUUCUGAGCAUUAUCCAAAAUCAAGGGUGUGCAGCUUAGUACUACGGUUAGCUCACACAUUUACAAUAUACAAUACAGCUUCCAAAGUGCUUUCCCUCUCUGUGGAUGGUAAGCAGUAAAGAUACUAGUAUCUCCAUUAUGCAGAUAAAGUCACCAAGGCAGAAGUAAGACUCCAAUCUAGUCUUUUCAUUCCCAAGUCCAGGGCUCUUUCUGCUAGGUAAAAAAAUCUAUUGGGUAGGUUCUAAUAGAAUACAAAAGAUAAAUUGAACUCAAAAUUACUUACUGAAAGCCAGUUGGAAAAUAAUUUUUAGGACUCAAAGUAUCAAAUUGUUUCAAAGGAAAUGCUAAAUACCUUUUUAAAAAAUUACCAUAAGCAGCGUGACUCCAAAUUAUAAGUGUAACAUCAAUAAACUCUUAAGUUACUCUGGGCAUGUGUGAACAGCAGGAACACAUACGAAAUAUAUGUCAGCUUGCAUUCUGUUCACAAAAACAAACAAACCUAAAAAUUUCAUUCAAUAAAGUGGGUCAUGUUUAUUCAUGUUAUUAAAGGAGAAUCUAAUUAGAAGGGUUGAAUUAAUUGGGAUGACUAAAGAAAAUCUCCCUUGCACCAUUUUUAACCUCUAGAUGAUUGGUUUGUCUGUUACACCCGUUCCCCAAUCUUGAUGGCUGCCAGUAUGAGUCAUGAGCUGACCCUGAUGGUGGUUUGCAUAUUCAUCUAAUUAUAAUAUUUACUACUACUGUAUAUGUGUUAUCCAACCUAAAAGACUCAUUUGAAUAGAGUAAAUCUUUAGCUUUUGUUCCACUGGUAUAAUUUAAAAC